AUCAAGAGGCAGCCUUUCGCACGUACAAUGGCCCGGAAUGCAAGCAAGGCGACCGUGCGUCUCACUUUGAACCAAAGCGUGUCUGAUUUGGUUAACCAACUGCGAUUCCCAGAAGCCGUCAUCGAAUUGGUUCUCAACAACUGCAUCGCCAAUGAGCCGGCACAGUUGUGCAAGCAAAUCAGCCGCUGCCCAUUACUGCGCAUUCUACGCUGCUGCGCCAACGUGCUACAGCCUAGCCAGCUGCUCCAGUUGACGCUGGAACAACUCCCACGUUUAGAGCGACUUGAAUUAUCGCUCGUGAACGACGCAGCCUUCGACUCGGAGAUCCGUCACGUGCGCGGUUAUACGUCGCAGAGCUCGGAUAUCAUUUCGUGCCACGGCCUACGUGAAAUGUACGUCGAGGUAGGUGGGCACCGUAACUUCGAGGUCCUCCAGGAGCUUCUGAAGUUCUACCCAGAACUAACCGAUCUCCACGUUCACUACGUGUGGGGAGACUUGUGGAAUGCAGUGUCGCGGUGCCAGUGUAUCGUGGAAAAGCACCACAAUCAGCUUAAGACGUUCACGCUCACUUCCGAACUAACAGCUAGCCCUCCAACUCUGGACGGGCCAAUAUACUCACGAGCGGACGGAAUCUACGCAGCCAUCUGCGACAACUUCCGUUACCAAACGUCUAGCUCGUGCACUACUACCUUUAAACUGGAUGAACUAAUGAGUACAGAUCGCACCACCAUUUUGCCGUCACAACUGUCAGUUCUGGCCACCUACAGUGGACGCAUGGUCGAGAGCUUUCGUUUUGCGAUUACCCGAAACGUGUGGGAACACGUUCGCCAACUCUCUAUUCUGCUGCUUCCUCGAGAUCCAUGCGUCGAAUUUCAUGCUAUGGUACGCCACGAGUUUCGCGAAGACAUCGCCAGAUUCUUCCACGUUGUGCUUCAGUACGUCGCAGAACUUAACCUAAAUUCGCUUCAUUUUGCCCUGGAUUUCGACUUCAUCGGUCUGCUAGGGGACAGGCUGCAUAGUCUGCACGCCUUAUCUGUGCCACCAUGUGCUUUUCCGAACCAGUCUGCAGUGCGCCAUCUGGCGGCCAGUUGCCACAGGCUCCGAGAUCUGGACGUGCGCCUAGAAAAGCGGCGAGGUCACUUCCGGUGCCACUCGUGUGAGCUUCUCCAAAAGCAGGGAAACGCCCAGCCACCGUCCUACCCGGCCACCUUGUCUUCGUCGUCUUCAUCUCAGAAGAGUGCUAUCACUGGGCUGACGCUUUGCGGUGUGCCUUCUAACGUACUACUAUGGUUCGUCGACUGUUACAGAGAUGCAGUGAAGCUUCGACUGGCCGAGUGGUUCUUUGUGAAAAGCCUGCAGUUCAACCAUCUGUGCCGGCUUCUGGGCAAGAACGGCAUCCGUUGUCUUGUGCUCAAACAUCAGCACCUGCCAAUAACCUAUGAGUAUCUCCAGGCCAGCUUGGCCAGCAUGACCAGCCUGCAGCACCUGUCUCUCCUGACGUCGAUGCAGGUCUCGGACAUUGACGCAACUAAAUGCUGUCUUGAGAUCGCCGUCCGGGCAACCAAGCUCCAGUACGUGCACAUGCACUACAAGCACGAUGCCGAUGGGUCUGAGCAACGGCUCACGUGGUUAAGAAGACGCCGCAAAUUUGAGCUGCUGCGCGACCGUCCCUGCCUUGGGUGCUGCUCGACAGCGACGUUCAUAGGACUAGUGAAACCACUCAACCGCGAUUGCGACGCGGGUCUGUAAGCAGAGUACACAUAUACACGCGUGACAGAUACACCUACACUGUAUGCCAAUUUGACGAAUGCAGUUGUAAUUAGUUUUUUUCUCAACUUUCGCAUCAUAUUUUAAGCUUAUGAACCAUCUAUUCAUAGUCACAUCCGGUUUUAAAUUGUUGCCCUGCUCUUUCGCGCUUUUAAAAGUCGACUGUCACCUUCCAUUGUUCAUUAUGUGGAAACUAUGGGGAAGGCAAAAAAUUGUUUUGUUUAGUAGUUUGCACAGAAACAAUACUUAUUGGGGUUUAACUCCCAAAACAGCCAUAU